CACACACACACACACACACACACACACACACACACACACAAACACACACACACACAUGCGUACCUGAGCUGACGGUGGGCUGCGCUGCUGGAGGGGCGUUUCACCGCAACUUUUCCUGAGGUGCUCGCGUGUGGUUUUUGGGGGAGAGGCGGGUGUCCGGCGUUUUCUCUUUCCUUCUGCUCUUCCUCCUGGAAUGCUAAACUGGGCUGAUGGACAUUUCCGAACUUUGCAUUCCUGAUCCUCUCAGCUAUCAUAACCAGCUGUUGAACAGAAUGGCCGUUGAGGAGCGGCACAUGCAAUCCAGCUGUGGCUCCUACAUAAAGACGGAACCGUCAAGUCCCUCAUCUCUGGUGGACACUGCCAGUCACCCCAGUCCAGGCGCUCACUCCGACGCCAGUGGCGGCUACACCAGUGCCAUCAACAGCCACUCCAACGGCCUAGACUCUCCGCCCAUGUUCACGGCGUGUGGGCCACUGGGCGCAGCGGCAAAUGCCUGCCGCAAACGUUACGAGAACUGUUCCAGCACAUUACUGGACGACCCGGGGUCCAUCAAAUGCGAAUACAUGCUCAACUCUAUCCCUAAACGCUUGUGCCUGGUGUGCGGAGACAUCGCGUCUGGCUAUCACUACGGUGUGGCGUCCUGUGAAGCGUGCAAGGCCUUUUUCAAGAGAACAAUACAAGGUAACAUUGAGUACAGCUGUCCGGCCACCAACGAGUGUGAGAUCACGAAAAGAAGACGCAAGUCCUGUCAAGCCUGCCGCUUCAUGAAGUGUUUGAAAGUGGGCAUGUUAAAAGAAGGUGUGCGUCUAGAUCGUGUACGAGGAGGCAGACAGAAAUACAAGAGGAGAAUGGAUGCAGAAAACUCAGCUUACUUGGGGCUCACACUCCCUCCACCAGCCAAAAAACCAUUGACAAAGAUCGUAUCCCACCUGCUCGUUGCGGAGCCAGAGAAGAUCUACGCUAUGCCAGACCCCAGCAUGCCCGAGAGCGACAUCAAAGCCCUGACCACGCUCUGUGACCUCGCAGACCGCGAGCUGGUCGUCAUUAUCGGAUGGGCCAAACACAUCCCAGGUUUCUCGAGUCUGUCUCUGGGAGACCAGAUGAGUCUACUGCAGAGCGCAUGGAUGGAGAUCCUGAUCCUGAGUAUCGUGUUUCGCUCACUGCCGUAUGAGGAUGAGCUGGUGUACGCUGAGGAUUACGUGAUGGAUGAGGAGCAUUCGCGACUCACAGGUCUGCUCGACCUUUACGUCUCCAUACUGCAGCUCGUACGCAAGUACAAGAAACUCAAGGUGGAGAAAGAGGAGUUUGUCACGCUCAAGGCCAUCGCGCUCGCCAACUCAGACUCCAUGCACAUAGAGGACAUAGAGUCGGUUCAGAAGCUCCAGGAUGCUCUUCAUGAAGCUCUGCAGGACUACGAAAGCUGUCAACACACAGAAGACCCUCGACGGGCUGGAAAACUGCUCAUGACGCUUCCUCUGUUGCGACAGACAGCCACCAAAGCCGUUCAACACUUCUAUAGUAUCAAGAUGCAGGGCAAGGUGCCCAUGCACAAACUCUUCCUGGAGAUGCUGGAGGCCAAAGUCUGAUUGGCCGGCCACAGCUUCAUCCUGUAACAUCAUAAAGGCUACAGCGAAUUGGGUGUGGCAGAGACACAUUUGCUGCGGAGGACACGCGGUCUUCUGGCAGACACGCAGGUUGCAGACUUUUCUCUCUUGUGUCCUUGAGACGCGAGACAUUUUUAAAGACCUGAAAACUAAAAAAUAAAUAACUUGGUUCAAAGUAUAAAUAUAAAGGGAAAAAAAUAAUAAUUAAAAAUCUAUAACAAAUGCUAUGUACUUGUACAGUAAUGCUUUUUUUUUUUGUUUUGUUUUUUUUUUGUUCAUGAUCUGUGGUUGUAUAUAAUGAAAGAAACUUCUGUAAGUCAUUUCAGAGUGAAUAGUCUCAUAUAGGUGGUCCUUUUUUGGUCCUGCUUUCAAAAACUUAACCCUCUGUACGUUUCAAAAGCAACCCCAUGUUGAACAUACGUCAUUGUUCAGCACCCUGGACAACACUACGACACCUUGAGGACUUGUAAAUAUUCAAAGCAAAGAGCGGUGGGAUGAGGCCAAGAGUUGACAAUGAAACGUUGGGCAAAAUGCACCCAUUUGUUGCCCGGUUCCUCCCUAAAUGUAAACUGACGUCCUUGAAUAUACCUCUUUGGAACGGUGAAUCCUUGUCUUCUGGACCUUUCAUCCUGGGUCCGUGAGGGCAAACAUUUGUAAAAUGAUUAUCCAAAUGCCUGUAGCCAGGAUUUAAGUCAGCUUACUCUGUAGUAACUCAGCAAUAAAUUGAGUCAACGGUUGGUUGACGUCCAACUAUCUUCUUUGCUUGUCCUGCAAGAGGGUGAGGUACGUCCCCCUCCUGUGUUGCACUGUACUCUUUUUUUUAAACUACUUGUUUUUGUUGUGGUUGAUGUUUUGACCUAAAUUUGGUUGAUGGGGCAAAGCUGGCACUCAGUGUUAGCUGGUGAGUCUUCAUAGGUGACCCAAUUUGUCCAAGACAAGGGUCGAGCGAGGGAUCAUUGGGGAAAGUGGGCUUCAGUUGGAGGGGAGAAAGCUUCAAAGGAUUUACGAUUAGUGGCAGAAGUCCAAGAGAUUCCAUGUUCAAACAAUCAGACGUCCAUAUGUCAAACGCCCUAUUUUGGGCUCGUUAAGCCACAGGAAAGCCAAGCUGUGCAGAGAGGAAACGAGGUACCCAUCAUAUCCUUGGACCUUUAUAGAGGCUGCCAGGACUUUUAUAGCCAUGUAUCCAAAUAAAGGUGGGCAGGUGCAGGUCUUUAUCACCAGCUUUAUUUUUAGGUCUUGGAAGAUGACAGUGGUCUGAAUAGGGGGAGUAUUUGACCACAUGUUGACACAAUAGCAUUUCUGCACAGCUUGCUAAAAUGACCUUUGAAGUAGACGCCCCUAUAAACAGCUUAUGCAUCCUAGGUCCACUUGAAGGUUCUGGCUAUGAGAAGAUGACCCAAAACCACCAUGUUCAAUCAGAUUCCUGUCUGUGAAUUUAUGCUGCGCUCCAUUCAACUCUGAAUUUCCAACCUCCUGCUUGGCAAAGUGCAAUAAAAUGGCACUUGAAGUGAGGUUUCCAACUUUGAUGUUUAGUGUCACGUAACAUCGCGACACCCAGAGAGAUGUAUACAGUUAGCAGUAAACAUAUUUUCCACCAUCGGACCAAACGGUUCUGAGCAUGGUGAGUAACGGUUCAGGUAGAUUUUCCACUUGAGCACGGCUGGGUAAGGUACAAUUACAAACCGUUCCUGGCCCAGAUAUCUAGUCUGGCCAAACGCCUGUAGUGACGUGGCCAUUCACGAUUGGCCACUUGCUCAGUCAGUCCGUUCUAAUCCUGAUUUCACAGCACCACAGUGCAAAAAGAUUGGUAUGGAACGGCAUGGUUCUGCAACAAAAACCAUUUGGCCCAAAGGUGGAAAGGUGACUAUUGACUUUUAAGCAAAUAAAAUUAAUCAGUAAGUCAAAGUUUCUAUGUUACGUACAUGAUAAUAAAGCUUGCUUAUCAAACAAGGUCAAUUAUUUUAAUGUUGAUCAUUGUACACCUGCAAAACAUAUAGCAGUGCGUUAGCAGUUUUGUUCCUUUUAUGUAAUUUUCCGAACAUCGGACAACAGAAUGCUAUUGUCAGAGGUUGUAGGUAUCAAGUAGGAAAAUCCCACAUCCUCACUGAUCUCACUGAGAAUUCAGCAACAGUAUGCCGAAAGUUCUGCUGUGGAAAUUGGUCUGUGCUUACCAAAAUUCAAACCACUGCCCCCAGUGGCCGAAGCUGGAAGUGUUUUUGAACACAUCCAGUUUCCAGGUGAAAUGUCCACAGAGUGGUGCCAAAAGCGAGUUGUAUUUUUAUUUGUAAAUGAUGUAAUACAGUCAGCAGGAAUGCAUAUUUUAUUAAUCCUACAUUCUAACCCAAAUCCCAACCAUAAACCUUAUCAUUAGUGGACUAAAUAUAUCAUUCUAGAUUGAAAAUGCAACCUCCAAAUCACACUCAACUUUGUUUGUGUAAACGUGAUUACUUCCUGGUUUCCAUGGGACCAGAACCUGUGUUUUGAGGUUGCUCGCACAAAGCACUAUCAGUAGUACCAAAGGGAAAGGUGAUUACAUCUGAAUUGAUGCAAAAAUGUCUGAUGGGAGAUAGCGUGUUUUAGAAAUUCGGCAGAAUAGGGUCGAUUUUAUGGUACAUGAAUAUUUCAAAGAAGCGUGUCGAUUUCCUUUGGGAUCAUGUUUUUUUUUACAUCUGACAUUGAAUGGAAUGCAGAAUUAGCAUUGUAAUUUCGUUUGCAGUGCUUGAUGGCAAACAUAGUCCAUUUUGUACAUUUAGGUCUCAGUUAUCCUCCAUUUUAGAGGGAGUGUACUGCCACUGUUUAAUUGAAGUAAAUGACAUCAGUAGUGUAAGUCCCUUAGACUUACACUACUGAUGUCAUUUAUUUCAGUUAAACAGUGGCAUUGUUUCAAUUCAAUACUGUGAUUGAAGAAACUGAUAGUGAUGGUGGCCAGUUCAUCACUCUCAUUAUAUCGCUGGCCAAUGAGAGACCUGUCUUACACUCACUGGCUUCCUAAGGGAGGAGGGUGAGUCUUCUCCUCGUAAGCAGACCAUUUGGAUAAACAGAAUAUAAUACAAGAUUCUUUUUUUAUGCAGUGCAACAAUGUGUUAACAUCAGGGAUAAAUUCUGACCCAAGUCAUGCCAAAGUAGAGCACCUCUAAACUGCAUAGUGAACAUUUCACCUUUCCGUGUUAAAAGUGCGAGUUAAGCCCCAAAUACAUCCUACGCAAGUACGUGAAUUAGCUAUGCAAGCUUGAUUAUACACGUCGCAUUCAAAAAUGUCUCAGAACAUAAUUUACAACACAAUGCAAAUAUAAGUUGUAUUUUCAGCAUUUCCACAAGGGGUGCUAGAGCAGACAUUAGCUUAAACUCUGCUACUACGGUCAAUUUUACUGUCAUGGCAGAGCAAAAAAAAAAACAAAAAACAAAUGCUUUUCAACCAGUUUUCUCUUUCUGGUAAAACUGAUUGGCCAAGGAAGUCUUGCUAGUUAAACUAUUUAAGAAUCCUGGGGGAGAUAUCAGUAUGCCAUAAUGGGGACUUGAUUCACGAAACAUUCUUAUGAAUAAAAUUCUUCUUAACUACAGUUCUUUGCCUUAAGAAAAAAGUUACUAAUAUUUUGUAUUCCCAAAAGACUUCUUAAGAAUGUUCUUAUUUUUUAUUUUAUUUUUUAUCAGUCAACAGACUUAUAAUUUAUCCAUAUUUUAUUUUUUCUGAAGAUGAUUUUCGUGAAUCUGGCCCAAGCAAGAGCGUAGAUUUAGCUUGAACAUUGGGAGGGUUACAGUGUGAAGAAUUUACAUGUUUCCAUUGAUCAUUGUACAAAUAUUUGGGGGGUUGUACUUGCAAACCCCCCUCCCCCCACCCCCACCUGGAAUCUACGCCCCUGGGCCCAAGCAUCCAAACCACAACAUCUGCUGGUGACCAGCACUGUUGGUCUUUUCAGCAGGAUUAAACGGACCACAUGUUUAUAGCUGGCUAUCUGAAUAAUAACACAUGUGGUUUAAAGACACGGACGUUUGAAGGUGACUAUCACCUUCUUGAGGUUUGUUUUCACCACAGCAACACAGCAACACACGUUAAAUAUGUACAAGACCGCAUGCUUGCAAUGCAUUGGCCAUAAUUCGCGUUUGCAUACUUGCGUAGACUUUCUGGCCUGAAAAUGACGUGGCCGUGUCAACAUUUUUGCAAAAUGAUAUUACCUGGUUCAUUACAUGUAUUACGGCAGUUCCGAGUUGAAAUGUCCAAUGUGUGAUGCUAAAAGCAAGUUAAAUGAUCUUCCAAACAGAUGAGGUUUUUAAGGUAAUUGCUCUUUUAAGUUUUAAAUCAACAAAACCUACCGAACCUUGCCUAAACCUUACAUUUAUAAUCUGAUAAUUUGCAGUUUUACUGGUGAUUUGUGUGAAAGUGAAUAAAAGUCGUUGUAGCAACUCUAGUGUUAAUUUCAGCAGGAAACUGCUGCGAUACAUCCAACAAGCCACGUAAAAUUCAUUUUGAAAAAUGUAGAUAUAGUAACGUGAUUCUAUGAGACCAGAUUGGAAGAACCUUUCAUGAAACAAACUCUUAUGAAACAUCAUAACCCUGCUCAAGUGCAGAUGCCACUUUUCUUUUUUAUCAGACUUCAUGUUUUGUUUAAAAUCUGUUGAGGUCAGUCCAUAUAUCGCAAACACUACACUUAACAUGGACAUUAAUGAACAUAUAUGCAACAUUCACAUACUGUAGCUACCUCAUCACUCAUCUAAGCACUCAACACUUGUUUGGACAAACUGUAAAUAGUAAAAACUCCUUAUUUCCUUUUCCCAGUGCCCUUUAUUUAGACUGUUGUCAGCAGGCUGUUUGGUUGUUUUUGAGCGAGCAUUGUAACAGAGGAGCUGGUAUUAAAAGAAAGGCCAUCGAUAACUAGGUUAGCUCUACCUGCAACGCAGUCAGUUAUUUACAUCUGCUCCAUUAUGUGUAUACCACACUACAUUCUUACCACACUCUGUUUUGGGUGCACAAAUUUGGGUGCUUUUUUCUACUUUUCUUUCGACAAUGGGAAAAUAGUUAACUUUAUGUACUACUAAAAACACAAAUCUGUGAUAAAGGUUUUUAAGAGACAUGAACAUUUAUUUGUACAUCUCCCAUCAUGUGUUUCUACUGAAAAAUCACUGUUUAGGAAAGAAAAUACAUAUCUGUAAAUUUCUGUCUUUUAUUUAUUUGCUUAUAAACAUUCUGUGUAGUUUGAACUGGGCAUGUUCAGGUCAGAAUUGUUCCCUCAAUGUUCAAAUGUCAAAAUGACGAAAGCGUUUCUGUUUCUCCUAAUGAUAUUCAUUGUGUGUUGUAUAUCACUUUGGCCAUGCUGUACAAUAAUAUUGUUCAUUUAACAAAGAACUGUGUUGCAUUCUUUUUUUUAUGUAAAAAAAAAAAAAAAUGAAAAGGUAACAAAGAAAAA